AUGAAUUUUGAUCUGCUGAAGACGAGGCUUAAGAUCGACCAGGUGAACCUGUGGAACAAGCUCAACGAGCUGGUCGGCGGCCACAAAAACGAAGACAGGGACACGGACUCAGAUUUGACGCUGGAAUACUACGUGGACCUGAUCACGAGGCUGGUAAGAGGCAUGAACGAGGGGCCUGACAAGGAUUCCAAGCACGUGCAGACGGAGUCGGCGUUGCGUGACGACGACUUCGAGCGGGCGCUGGACGUGAUGGAGAACAACAACCGGAUGCUCGACGAGUACUGGGCGGCCGUAUCGAACCUGAUUAUGUACCCGCGCAGCGGCAUCGCGCUCCCCAAGGAGUGCCUGGACAACUUCGACUGGAACAUAGCCUCCAAAGUGCUCAACAGGGUCGAGUGCGUCUCCGACAGGCGCAACUUUUGCAGAUUCCUCCAGCUGAUGGAGGAGAAAGACGCUCUGCUCAACAACGUUAUCGCAUCCCAGCACCUCGUGCUGUCGUCUCUGAGGCAGGGCGACCCUGCCAGCAGGAGCAACGAGGGCUCCGAGUCCCUUUUAAAAAGCAGUGAUAAUGAACUUUCCAGGCUCAGGAUGGAACUUGAGACCUUUAGGUCCCAGAAAGAUCUUUUCAACGUCAGACUUGAGCUGUACAGGUCUGAACUGUCCAGAAUCUACCAGCAAUGCGAGCCUUCUUUGACGUACCCGCCCAUCAUAAAUCAAUAA